AUGCCGGUGAACCGCGGCUUGCCUGCUGGGAUCUCUUCUCGACCUGCCGAACGUGCUGCUGGUGUGAAGAAGCAGUCCGGGCUGAACGUCGCGCGUUUCAUCGCUCGCGAGGAGGAGCUCCACCAGGCCAGGAAGUACACGCACUUCAACGAAACGAACGCGAAUCGCGCGGUUUGGGAAGAGAAGCAGAACCGGCAAACGGGCAGCGGCGCUCGGAUCCAGCAAAACAAAAGACUUGACGAAGAGCGAGAGCUGCUGAAUAAGGAGGUCCUGGCCAUCCGACAAGCUCGACUGCAAAACUACUACGAGACCUGCUACCAAGAAUGGGAGCAAGAGCUUCGAUCCCGAGGGCUAGCUCUCGUUCGUGACCGGGACUAA